GGACUGCUACCAUCUUUUCCUUCUAAUGAUGAAUUAGAGAAACGAGAGACUUUAAGGCGACUUUUUAGCGGUGAAAAUUUCAAGUUUGGAAAUCCACUUGAAGAGAUGCACAGAAAAUUGAAAGAGGGCUACUUACACCCAGAAAUCGCAUGCUACAGAAAGCAGACACGUCAGUUCCGUUACAGAGAUUAUAAAAUGAGGCACCAGAGUUACUUGUCAGAAUUGUUAACUCAUCUGUUACUAGCAAGACAGGAACUGUUCGAACAUGCGUCUACAUUAGCACCAGGAGAACCUCUCAAAUUUAAAUACCGCCCACCCCCAAAGAAGAAAUCUACACCCCUGGAACAGACUGUGAAGAAAAAGGUCUUCAGAAUUUUAAAGGAAGUAAGAGAAGAGUGUGGAGUUCCUGAUACAUCAUCUGAUGAAGAUGAAGAAACAAGUCCAGUUCAAAGAAGUAGGCGCCAGCUGUUCAAAUCCUUGGGCCCUAUACCCUCACCAGAGCCGACUCUCCCCAGCGUGGUUUCCACAUUUGCCACCAAGCCUCAAAUGGUUAAUGGGGAUCUGGGACACAAUGAUCAUUCAUUGGACAUGUCCCAGCCAGGUCAGAUGGCAGCCAAUAGUAAACGGCCUCGGCCUAUCAGCCCAGUGGAAGUUACGGAAGAGAGUUACAAACUGAUGCUGAAGUUACAUAAGAAGAAGAAGAAUUUAGAAUCGGACAUGCCAGAACUGGACACUAGCAAUAUCACUCUCCAGGACAUACUGACCAGAUGCCGGGCAAAUAAAAAAAAUACAAAGAUCAAUGCAGCUGGGGAUCUGAAUGGGGAAAUCACUACAGGUGAUCCAUCUCCCGUGAAAAAGAAGCUGAAAAUGAAGACCAAAGGUGAGAAGAAACGGAAGUUAAAAGGCAAGGAGUCACCAACUGUGGUUGAUGAAGACUCCAGUGUCGCACCCCCAGCAAUCAGCUCAGUCGUUGAACAGAAUUCUAGUGUCCUUGGAGAAGAGGAGGAGUCUCAAGAACCAUCAAAGACGGUGUUUGGUCCGGCAACAAACUUUUUCUGUUUGUUACGAGAUAUUUUAUCAGAAUUUCCAGAUGGAAAAACUUCUACUUUUAAGGUGGAAGACAGAGUAACCGAGUGGUUAGACCUUAAUGAUGAAAUCUCCAAUCCUUGGUUGGCACUACAGAAAAACUGGGUGGAGUUGGUGACGUCUGCACUGAAAUUUCUAUCAGGAAAUGAAUUAGGUCUGCGAGUAGAGAACUUCGUACCCUUCGUAGACUAUAAGGAGAGGGCUCAGCAGUGGAAUUGGAUUGGCGUAGGACGUGACUCAGACCCAGAACUUACCUCCCUGUUCCGAUAUUGGCUGCAGCACAAGGAUGAGGUGAACGUCGAUGGGAUAGAUACAGUCCAGGGUUCGCCUCCGCCACCCAAAGCCAAGACCAAUUUCAUUGUUAGGCCCACUUCAAACAAUGAAAAAGCUUUGUUUAGAGAACAGGAGCGCCGUAGGUUUGCUGCCCCCCAUAAAGCUUACACCUUCAUGAUGCAUGGUUAUGAUUCAGUGGUCGGCCCAGUUAAAGGAGUCUAUGAUAAAGACAGCGGAACCAACAAGGCCAGAGAGCACAAUCUACUGGUGUCAGACCGGCCACCUUUUGUCACCAUUCUUACAUUGGUUAGAGAUGCAGCAGCUCGACUACCCAACGGUGAAGGGACGAGAGGUGAUAUUUGUGAACUUCUGAAAGACUCUCAGUUUCUGGCCCCUGCAGUGACAGAAACUCAAAUUAACGCCGUUGUUAGUGGUGCACUGGACAGACUUCACUCAGAGAAAGAUCCUUGUGUCAAGUACGAUGUCAGUCGAAAGUUGUGGAUUUAUUUGCAUCGUAAUCGAACAGAGGAUGAAUUUGAGAGGAUCCAUCAGGCACAAGCUGCAGCAGUGAAAGCCAAGAAAACAUUGACUCGCCCAAAGACAUCUAAAGUAGUCAAAGAUUCACCAUCCCAACCCUCCACCACCCCGGUAACUCAACUGACCCCAGCAUUGACUCCAAGCAAAUCUCCGGUGACACUGUCUACUCUGCCCUCUCCAGCACCACCACCCGCAAAAUCUGUCACACCAGAGCCAGCCUCUUUACUAACAGGGAAGCUAGGCAAGGCGCCAGCUCCUCUUGUGCAGACAUCAUUACCUGGCAGCACAGUAAGCAGCACCAGUCUUUCACCUACGAUUGCCCAGUUACGAGCAACCCAGGCAGCCAUGUCAAAGUCUGCUGCUACCCCAUUGGGUAAACAAACAAUAAAACAACUGACUAGCACGCAGAAUCUGACUGCAUCUGCGACCACCAAUGUGACGACGUCGGUAUUGACAGUUACCUCAGUAGGGCUGAAUGUGACGUCUUCUUUAGCGGCACAGUUGUUGUACUCACCAGGGCUCAGCCAGUCGGCUUUAUCGGCUGGGAAGAUCCAAAAGACAGGCUGCACGCCAGUGACAACUGCAGCAACUUUUAGUUUGGUUACCACAAUGAACGCCUCUCAGGCACAAUCUAACCAGAUUAGGCCGUCAACAAUACCCACUAUCAGUAUGUUGCCCAGUCAUCAGCUUCUAAAACAGCAGCAGCAGCAGCAACAGGCUGCAUCUCAAAGCGUCCUGAAGCAGAAUGCUGCCCUUGUAGCUGCCGUUGGACAAACCGUAGCCGCAAAUGCUAACUCAGCAACGCUAGGAAAAUCCACACCCACAGUCCCGAAACAGACAUUUACGAUGACAGCGAGGCAGACCCCACCACCGAAUAUGGCUAUCUCUAAAAACCAGAUUUCAGUGCCUUCGUCAAAGCCAGCAACAGGUUUAAAGCAGACCUCACUGAUGCUGUCACAAGAGGGAAUAGCAAGCCUCACUUCUGCGGCUAAUCACUCUGGGGGCAAGUUUGUGGCACUGACCAGUGUGGCAGGGAUGACAGGAGCUGAGGGUACCGUCAUGGCUCAGCUCAUGCAGCAAGCAGCGGCUGUCCACUCAGGUGGUCCUCGGGCUGCACCCCGAGCUAUUAGACUGCCAGGGGGCAAUAUUGUACAACCUAUGAUAGGAGGCAAUCAUAUACAGCUGGGAGGCAAGCCCCUAGCUCAUGCGAAGGGCUUGGUGCAGCUGACUGCUGGCAAGGGGGGCCCAACCCUGGGCCUGAUAAGGACCUCUCAGGGACCUUUAACAGCCAUCAACCUGAUUCCUCAGCAGGCAUUGUCGUCUAUGUCAGUGUCUGCCGCUGGCGGCAAGACUACCACAAUUUUGUCUCCAGCAAUAACCUCAGCUGCAGCUCCAACAGCCACAACAUCCACAGUAGUUGUAACUCAUCCCACACAGUUCGCGUCAGCAGCAUCAAAGGCAACCACUCAAGCGAAGAUUUUAAGUCCUGUCCAGGCAGGACUUGUGGUGACGCAGCUAGCUCAAGGGAAUAUAACUUUGAGACCAGCCCCAGGGACUCCAGGCACACAGACUAAAGUUAUGCCCACAGGUCAGGCCAGUCUUGUCCCUACACAAUUUAUACUGCAGCCAGCACCAGGUUCUGUUUCCGGUUCUCAGUCUUCUGGAACUCCCAUUAUUGUGAGCAGCUCUUCUGGAGGAAAAGGGGCCCAGAAUAUCCAGCAGGUCAUGAGAACAGUGCUGACCCAACAAGGCAGUCUCAAGCCUGGCCAAGCCGCCAUACUCAUCUCACAGCCUCAAACUGCAGCCUCAUCUGUGGCAGGGCUGACUGCUGCGCAGGUUAUGCAAGCUGGAGGUAAAACUCCAGGACGCGGAUCUCCAAAAGGAAAAGUUCAGCCAGUGUAUGCUCGUAUCAUCACACCGCCACCUGGCAUGAUGAAGCUGGCCAACAUGACACAAAUGCCGACAGUCAGUGGUGCGCCUGGCAAUGUCAGUGUGAUACAGACAAUGGGGAAGCUGCUAGUGACGUCUGGAAUCGCCACCCACUCUCUGCCCAGCUUGCCCCUUGUCAGCCUGGCUGUUCCCCCCUCGGCAAUCAUCAACCCAGUGGCAACUGCAACACGAGAGGAGGUUGUUGCUGCCAGUAAAGCACCUGGUGCUGUUGAACUGAUUAAAAAAGAAGGUUCCUCAGACAGUUGA